AUGUCUAGCUUUUUGCGCACGAAGCAAUCCGGGAUAUCGAAUGAUUUGUCGGCGAGCAUACGUCCCGAACUCUUUUCUCCAGACGACCAAGCUCGUUAUGGCAUCAACUCUCAGAUCAGCUGUUUUGGGUAUGACCCUGUCCAGUCACUGCUUGCCAUUGGCACCAACGAAAGUAAAUUCGGCCCCGGCAAGAUCUACGUCUUUGGCCAAGGACGAGUGCAAAAAGUCCUGGACCCCCCUCGGUCGACCUCUCUACUUUUUUUACAAUUUACCGCCAACAAACUCGUCAGUCUGGACCGGAAUAACGAGGUUUCUGUUUGGGACUUGGACUCUGGGUCGCGCAUCGCCUCCCAGGUUAUCGCCGGACAGGUCGUGUCGCUGGUAACGGAUCCAAUGUUGGAUUGGGCCUUCAUCGGACUGCAGAGUGGCGAUGUCGUGUCUUAUGAUCUUGACCGAAACAGCUUAUCCAGAGCUUUCCGGCUUCCCAACUUUUGGCGGGAGAGGGGCCCUUCCUCCCGUGCGGCCACGCUGGUGUGCAUGGCGAUGCAUCCCCGGGAUAUCGGGAAGCUGCUCCUGGGAUACACACAUGGUGCUGUCAUCUACUCUUUCAAACAGAACAAAGCGGUCCAUUUCUUCGAAUACACCCUGCCGCCUGGUGCUCCCGGGGGCAGCAGCAUAAGUGUAGACACGUGGCGCCGACCCCGACUUACACAUGCUCUAUGGCAUCCUUCUGGGACUUUUAUCGUUACCGCCCAUGAGGACGGCAGCCUAGUUCUUUGGGAUCCCAAAGAGGCAAAGUUGAUUACUGCCAGGACCCUUCGAAAUUUGAGCGUUGAGAAACCGACACCCACUACCGCAAACCCCACUUCCUCCGAGCCCUUCGGUAACGUCGAAUGGUGUUGUAAAGAUAAUUGCGACGAUACUGGACUGCUGGUAUCUGGAGGGGAAGAACUAGGCACUUCGUCUAGAAACCUGACGUUCCUUGAACUGGGCUUGACACCAGUUUAUGCGACAUCAUCCUGGCAGGUUCUAGCUGAAUACUUUCGGGGCAAGCGGCAGAUCACCUUGAGUUUGCCACCAGGCGCCCAAGCAGUCGACUUCAUCUUGAUUCCACGCUCAUCUCCCCAUUUUGCCGGGGCUCAAGAUCCUGUUGCCAUAAUCACUCUCUUGUCAUCCGGCGAACUCAUCACUAUGAGCUUCCCUUCGGGCUACCCCAUCAGCCCGACGAACCAAUUGCACCCUUCGAUAUUUUUUGUUCAUCCUUUUGUCACAAAAUUCAAUGUUUCUAGCCUGGAGCGCCCUCGAUGGUUGUCCAUGAUGGAGAAGCGAAGUCAAGGGGAGCCACUACUGAAAGGUGGCGCACAAGGCCCGAGGCCGAGAAAGAGAUUUGAAGAGAGAACCAUUAUACAAGCUGCCCAUGGGGACGGCACCAUUCGAAUAUGGGACUCGGGCCAUGCCGAUGAAAUCGAGAAUAGCAUGCAGUUGCAAGUUGACGUGGCACGCGCGCUUGACCGCUACGACGAUAUUGACGUUAGCGCCAUGAGCCUGGCGGGCAACACUGGCGAAUUCGUCGUUGGCACCCGUACCGGCGAGGCCAUAGUCUUUCGAUGGGGCGCAAACAGAUUCUACGGGCGAGACCAACCGCAGCGACUGGAUCCCAACCCCAAGGGUCUAACCGAUAUCAGCUCCAGAGCAGAAUCCACGCUUAAGGAGGGUCUUCAACCCUUUGUUUUGUACGAAAUGAUGCAAGGUGCCGUCACCGCUGUUCAAGUGUCCAACGUGGGUUUCGUGGCAGUCGGGUCCGAACUUGGCUUUUUGACGCUGAUCGACCUCCGGGGCCCCAGAGUCUUCUACCAAGCACCGAUGACGGAUUUUUCCAAGCAGGACAAGCGGUCUUCUUUCUUCAAGCGAGACCAUCAUCACGCCUCAAACGACGCACCCAAGAAGGAAUGGCCUGUGGUCAUAGAGUUUGGUGUCCUGACUCUGGACGAAGACAAGUAUUCGAGUAUCUGCUGCUUCGUUGGAACCAACCUGGGAAAAGUCAUGACUUUCAAACUCCUGCCCUCUGGGGAUGGCGCCUAUUCAGCCCAAUUAGCUGGCGUCGUGGCGUUUGAAGGACCCAUCGUUUCGCUGUCUCCCAUAGAGAUCAAUACCGGGAAGCCGGCCGUUGCCACUGGUGCUAUAGUCGCGUCUUUGCGAGAAGGGAAGCAAAUUCACGGGGCUCUGGUUGCCGUGACCCAAUCAGAAAUCAGAGUCUUCAAACCAGCGAACUCCAAGGGCGCUUGCAGAGAGUUUGAUGAUGUGCUGUGUGAUGCUGCUUCAGUGGCCGAAUUGGAACUCCAGGGGUUCGCAGUCGUGGCUAUCUUGGGUGACCGGACCGCCCGUGCGUAUUCGCUACCGGCGUUGAAGGAAAUCGGCAAGGCGAACCUCCCAAUGAUAGAUUCAAGUCGAAUCACAUCGGCGGUGGUGACGCCAACUGGCGACGUAUUUGCCUGGACCGGCCCCAGCGAGUUGGCUGUAAUCCACGUUUGGGGAACCGGGAAGGCACUUCAGCAGUCACCAGACACAAUGGUCAAUCCUAAACUCGAGAGCCCCCCACGACCUACCAUUUCCAACCUGCAGUGGAUUUCCGGCACGCAGUAUGUCUCUCCCCUGGACUUGGACCUCUUGGUUGGUGGGCCGGACAGGCCGGCGAGCAAGAGGAUGCUGGAAGCUGCUGCAGCAGAGCGGCGAGCCGCAGCAGGGGGCACAGCGACGGUUGCAGCAGCCGCUGGAAGCAGCCAGGAGAGCUGGGGCCAGUACUUGAGCCGCCAACUUACCGAAAGAACGGAAAAAUUGAACAUUAUGAGUGACGGCAUGGACAAUCUGCAGCAGCAGAGCCAAGGUUGGGCAGACGAUGUGAACAAAUUCAUGGGAAAACAAAAAAGGAAUCUGGUCAUGGGAAGCAUCAAGCGCAAAUUUUUCUGA